GGGAGUAGUAAACCAGAUGGUCACUCAGUUAGCCCGCAAAGGUUAGCCCGGGUGCUAACUCAAAUUGAGUUACAAUUUUUUUUGCCUCGGCGUUGACGAAACUAUACAAAAUGCGGAAGUGGCACCACUUCACCCCAAUACGCACAACCUCUCAGCUCCUCCCCUCUGCAUACCUCUGGAGCCACACAGAAUGUCUGUCUCUCUUCUUCCUGAAUUUUGGUUUGUACAAGCCACAGUGAGAAACACCACUGCUGUGCAUCUGAGCCACUGAGUCGUGCACACUGGUCAGAUAUCAGCAUUAAUAGUCUCAAGAUAUAAUGGAGGGAAUGUAUUUUUACCAUAUACAUUUUUGGACGCAUUAAUCUUAUUAUUAUUAUAGUGAAAAUCACAUAUUAUCUGGCUUUAAAUCCAGAAUGCACUGACCUGCACUGUUUUAUCUUUGUGGAUGUCAUUGGCUCUUGUUAAAUAAAGAUGGAAAUCUUGGAAUCAACAUUAUAAUUACUUACAGUAGGAUAAAUGUGCAAAUAAGUGAUACACAUAGAUAUAUCCAGCAGCAUAAAUAGUUCCAUCCAAGUUAAACUAGACUGUAAUGGAAGGAGAAGCAGAGGAUAGGGAAGGCUCUGACCUCCCAGAGAUGAGAAAACCUGUGGAAGAAGCAGAAGAGCUUGAGAAUGAAAAGCAGAUGGAGGAGGGCAGAGAUGUGCAGCAGAUCCCCUUGCAUCGUUGGGUAAUGCACGGAGCAGUGAUGUUUGGACGUGAGUUCUGCUACGCCAUGGAAACUGCCCUGGUGACGCCAUUGCUGCUGCGGAUCGGUCUUCCUGAGCAGUAUUACAGUUUAACCUGGUUCCUCAGUCCAAUUCUUGGUCUCGUCUUCACACCAUUGAUUGGCUCUGCCAGUGACCGAUGUACUCUGCGUUGGGGCAGAAGACGACCAUUCGUUCUGGCCUUGUGUGUGGGUACACUGCUGGGGGUGACACUGUUUUUAAAUGGAUCAUUAAUAGGCCUCUCCAUCGGUGAUACCCCCAACAACCAGACAAUUGGCAUUAUUUUUACCGUAUUAGGUGUAGUAGUGCUGGACUUCUGUGCUGACGCUGCUGAAGGACCAAUCAGAGCUUACCUUCUUGAUGUUGCUGACACUGAGGAGCAAGAUAUAGCCCUGAAUAUUCAUGCCUUCUCUGCUGGACUGGGAGGAGCAGUGGGCUACAUGCUGGGUGGACUUGACUGGACUGGCACACCUCUGGGCCAAGCAUUUAAAUCACAGGAGCAGGUUCUUUUCCUGUUUGCGGCCAUCCUCUUGAUUGUCUCUGUCACACUACACAUGUUCAGUAUACCUGAGCAACCAUUUACGCCAUCCAACCAGCUUAAAGCCACAGGAAGUGGGGAGUCUAUCAGCCAGUUGUCUUUAAGGCCCGUUGGCCAAAUGCCACCUGUGCUUGAUGUGAUUGUAGAGGAGGAUGCUUCUGCUCAAGGCCCAACCCAGGACCACAACGAGGCAGAUCCAGAGCAAAUGGAAAUGGAUUUCCUUACUGUGGACCGAGUGAGAAGUAAAAGUGAUUCAGUCUUAGCCAUGCCAGAUGCCACCAUCGACUUGGAUCCUGACCUUGACCCAGAUGCACAACAUUUCUUGCCAGAGGUGCAUCCCUUUCUACCAGAGACACAAGGAGAGUUAGAAGAUGCUUUUAAGCCUUCAGGCCACUGUAUUGGGCCCUCACCCUCUGCUGGUAAAACCCCUACCCUUACUGAUGUGGUCUCAGAGCCAACAUACCCAGUUUGUCCUGUACUUAAGCAUCCAGUGAACCGUCCUUGCUCAGUGGACUCACACCAGAGACAGCAGAUCAAGUCUACCAAUGGUGUCGGCCCUCACGUGUCCGCCGACCACAGCAGCCCAACCAAAGGCCAUGGUUCCUCAAAGCCAGGAAACCGCCCCUUGAGUGCGACAGGGUCAUCACGGCAACACCGGCACAGUUUCUACAGACAACCUUCCUUUACAUUCUCAUACUAUGGCCGUGUAGGAUCACAGCGCAAUCGACUGAGACGGACAAUCCCUUCAAGCCCUCAGCCAAUCACUACCUCCCGCAGUCUGAAUGAUCUGAGUGACUUACAGCAACACUCAGACAAACGAGAGCUCCAUCUGUCAGCUAGCAGUCUUUCAUCUGAGGGCUCAAGCAGUGAUGAAGGACCAGACAGGGGUACAACAGUUCGACUGCUGUGGUUGUCCAUGUUGAAGAUGCCAAGGCAGCUGUGGAGAUUGUGUGUGUGUCACCUCUUCACAUGGUUCUCCAUUAUAGCCGAAGCUGUGUUUUACACUGAUUUUAUGGGGCAAGUCAUUUUUGAGGGAGACCCCAAGGCACCAGCCAAUUCCACGGAGCUACACAAUUACCAAAAAGGAGUACAGAUGGGCUGCUGGGGACUGGUGGUCUAUGCUGCGACUGCUGCUCUCUGUUCUGCUAUCCUGCAGAAGUACCUGGAUAAUUUCGAUCUGAGCAUUAAGGUCAUCUACAUCAUGGGGACUCUGGGGUUUUCAGUAGGAACUGCAAGUAUGGCAAUCUUCCCUAAUGUUUAUGUUGCCAUGGUAAUGAUCAGUGGCAUGGGCAUCAUCUCCAUGAGUAUCUCCUACUGUCCCUAUGCAUUACUUGGGCAGUACCAUGAAAUCAAGGAGUACAUUCACCACAGUCCAGCAAACACUCGAAGAGGUUUUGGUAUUGACUGUGCUAUCUUAACCUGCCAGGUGUAUGUAAGCCAGAUUUUGGUUGCAUCAGCCCUGGGAGCUGUGGUGGAGGCAGUUGGCAGUGUGCGAGUCAUUCCUAUAGUGGCCUCUGGGGGCUCCUUCCUGGGCUUCCUUACCGCCUGUUUUCUUGUCAUUUAUCCCGAUGUGGAGCCCAGCAACCCACAGUCGCAGGAGGCUCAGAGUUUGGUUGCUUUGUGCGGAGAAUCUGACCAGAAGGGAGAAAGGAACGGUGAUCAGAGCCAGGCUGUACUGGACCUCACAGACAAAGACGGGUUGAAGAAGAUGGAUAAUCACUAACCUUGAACAUGGAAAUGAAAGUUGAAAAGGAUAAACGCUGUUAACAACUUAUCCAGGAUAAAGGUUUAUCCUCACCAAAUCACAAGCCACAGUGUGUGAGGAUUAUUUCAAAUCAUCUAUUUUAUGCAUUUGAUGAUCUGAGCGUUUCUGAAGGAGGAAAGAUGAUGAAACAAGAGCAGAUGGUUGGGCGUUGUGGGGAUUUGGAUGGAGAUCUUCUUGGAGAAGAGGACUGACCAUAAGAAACCUGUGCUGUUACUAACUACCUCAACACCAAUACAAACAAAUGAGUAAAUAAGUGAACCAUUGAAACACAGAACCACAAGACUGUCUUUUACCAAGGAGCUACUGUUGGACUUAUUGAUGAUGUUUCACCCAUUACACCUCUCAUGUGGUUGUUAACACCUUGGACUUGUUCUCUUGUGGCAUCAGUCAAAUAGACUGGCCCAUACAUUGUGUGAGAAAAGUCCUUAUAUUCAUGGUCAAAUUCUGUUUAUAAUAACAUAGAAAUAUUCCCCUUGUCUGAGUUUUUGGUUGAUUUGUCUCUCACUUGCCCACUUACUCAAUAUGAUAAUAGCCCCACCAGUGAUGUGUCGGACUGACAAACACAAGUGAUGUUAGUGCAUUUAUGGCUAAAACCUUAUCAUGAUACACAAUUUUCAAAUCAGCUGAUAUCGAUAAUUAUCAGAGUAAAUGUCAGACAAAGAAAGUUUGAUUUAUGAGUGACAGAUAAUUGUGCUUAACUUUUUUUUUUUUCUUAAUUUCACAUUCACAAGCCUCAUAAUAUACACUUUAAACAUUAAGAAUGUGGGGAAAAAAUGAGCUGAGGAAAUCUAACCUCAAAAGUCUGCAAAUGAGGCAAAACCAGAGGUAGGGCUAUAAAUAAAUAUUUAAUAAUGAAAUAAAUAUACAAAUAAAAUCCUUAAAAUAAAUCAGCCGAAAAUAAUGAGCAGAAUUCAAAGAUGCUAUAAAAUGGGUGGAAAAAAGCUAAUCAGUGAAUUAAAAGUAACAGAAGUCGUGACUAAAAGACAUUUUUAUGAAAAGUAAUACAUAAUUAUAUAUUUAUAUACUGUAUAUUCUCUACUGGCUUGUGAGACAAAUGGAUUCACUCCGUUAAUAUUCUUAAGUUGAGUGUAUUCUCAAAGUGUGUCGUGUGUUUGCACAGUCGCUAUAUAAUGAACUUGUGUUUUAUUGAUAUUGAAGACAAUUAUAGCACAAUGUUUGCUGUUGCUUUUCUUUUGCUCAGCGUUAUUUACAUGCAGAGUGGUGCAUUGAGAUCCAAGUGGUGACUCCAGAUUAAUGUGGAGACACAUUCUGAUGCCACUUCAAGUUGUCAUUUUUGAUUGGAUCGCCCCCAGACGUGUGUUACCAGGUGUGAGCUUCACGUGAGCGUUUUUACAAUUAUUUUGGUCAGACAGAACUCAGACUUCUUAAAGAAACACAAACCUUUAUUUAAAAACAAAAAACACAAUUGGUUAGCACAGAGCACUUUUUGUCCGACUUCUGAUCAGUACUGUCACACUGAUGCUGACAGGCAAAACAGUAAAAUAGUUAGGUUGUGUGCCUUUUGUAUAAUUUGUCCACUGAAAAAAAGAGAUUACACUAAAACACCUUUCAUGAUACACAAACAGUAUUGUUUUAUAAUGUAGUGAAGAGGCGGAGCAGCAGCUUUGAUACCUCAGGUGAUAGAUUCUGCAUUACAGUAAGUUAUUUUACACUGUAAUUGGAAACUUAUCGUGGCCUUUGAAACGUGGAUUUGACUUUUAAGAAAGACUGUAUUUCAGGAUGGCUUUAUACAAGGGGUGGCAAUGUAUUGUAUGUUUUGAUUACAGCAGAAAUGGGGGGGGAGUUCAAUCAUGAGCCUAUGUUGAUCACUGAACAUGUGUCGUAUAACUGAACAGAACAGCUCUGUCACUGAUAUAAGGAUUAGACUUUUUUAUUUGUGCUUUGUACUGAAAGCCUUACUUCACAUGGUGUGCCUUUGUGAUCACUUGACAGCUUUGAAACUCCUCCUGUACCGGGAGGAUAAAUGAGAAGAGAAGUCUGCUGAGGAGCGUUGUAUUUUUAGCACAAACACAUAUUCACUUUCUCAAACCUAAUACACUACAGACUACAAUUAAGUAUGAGAGUUGGUGUAAAUGCCCAGAGCAACUUCAGGCUCAGUGAUGAGAGCUUUAUUUGUUACAAUUUGGAGGAUUAACGUCACAUAGUCUGUAAUAAUAAUGCUGCAUAUUGUGGAGAGGACAACUUCUAUGCAAGGCCAAUGACUGAUCUACAUUCAGUUUGCAAACUUGAAAUUCCCUUUUCCGUGUGUUAUGACCUUAUCAGCGAGCACAGGGCCUUCUCAGUCUGUUCUCCACUAUUCAAUGAUUGUUCAAAGAGGAGGAAACGGUGAAAGGGAAAAUAAUACACGUAUUCUGCUCUCUGACGUGACUGAGAGCAAUAAUAAUUAUGGUAGUUAUUGAACUCUUGUCUGUAUUUCUCAGAAUUUGGGCAAUGCCAUCAGUUUUUGUUGGGACCUUUGUAUCCUGCUAAAUGCUAUUGUUUUGAUGCCAUCAGGGCUGAAAACUAUACUUAAUGGUGUGUUGACUGUCAAUUAGGACCUCAAGAUUUACUCAAACGAUUUACAAGCACAAAGACCCAAAGGGAGCAUCUUUAUCAAAUGUGGAUAUUUACAUCUACAAAAAGGGAAAGUGCUGAGAUUCAAUGUAGAGAUUCUGUGAGAGUUUUUUAGGACUGAGAUCUGGGUUGUUGUUUUUUUUCUUUUAAAAGUACUCAUUGACAAGAGAGUUACCAGUUUUGUCACUGUUGGAAAUAAUUUUUCACUGUAUGAUUUUCUACGGAGGAGGUUCGAGAACAUCCACUGACUCAAACUUUUUUCUCUCUCUUUUUAAGAAGCUUAACGAGAGGUUUUGAUUUCUGUUUCAGUUCUGAAAUUGGUUUGGUUUAUAGUUUUAAUGUGUCAGAGAUGUCAGAGUUCUCACAUCUCACUAAGAACAUCUGUUUGAGGAGAAAUGUUGAUUUCAAUGUAAAAGUGCUGAUAAAGAUAAAAACAAUCUUUUGAAAA